UUGACUACACUACCAUCAAGCAUACGAGUUGAAACUCAUGACCAUCGAUUGACCCUUGUGCAAAGAUUUAUGAUCUCCCUCACUUGCGAUGCUUGUGGGAAUGAAAUUAAGGUAGGUUUUACUUGUGUGCCACUUGUUCAUUUGUGGCCCACGCAGAUUGUGUCCUUUUAUCAUCAAUCAUCAAAGUAAUAAGGCACAAGCACCCUCUCAAUCUCAUCUCUCUCUUCCUGCUGACCAAUCCAAACGUAGAGUGUGCCAACUAUGUGCUAAGACGGUGGACACGAAUUAUUGGGCUUAUUGUUGCUCAAGUCAAGAUUUUAUUGCUCACCUUCAUUGUGCUACAAGCAAGGAAGAGAAAGAUAAAACAUUUGUGCUGAACUCUAAAGAUGAAGAAUCCAUUGGGUCAUCAACUACAAGCAUGUUGAAACAUGAAGAAGAUCAUCCUUAUAAAUCUAUCGACUUGACAGAAAUCAAGCAUUUGAGUCACGAGCAUUACUUAAAACUUACUGAUGAGUUUGGAAUUGACAAAAAGUGUGAUGCAUGCAUAAGGUCUGUCUUUCCUCCAUUUUAUGCACGUGCUCAAUGUGGAUUUUUUCUUCACAAAUUGUGUGCUGAAUUACCAAAAAAAUUGCAACAUUCACUUCAUCAACACCUCCUCAAAUUGAUCUUCUUGAGAGAACAAAAGCCUUUUAGGUGUGAUGGUUGUUGGCAUCCGUGUAAUGGCUUCAAUUAUCGUUGUGACGAAUGCAACUUUGACCUUGAUGUCCUGUGCAGUUUAAUCCCUGAUAUCCUUAUAGAUCCUAGUCCCGAACAACACCAACUAAUUCUUGCUAGGUCAUCUGAAAACAAAAUGUGUAGUUCUUGUGGAUCACAUAGAAAACACAAAUUUAGUUGUGUUGAUUGUGAAUUCACUCUUGACUUCAAGUGUUUGACACUACCACAUAUGACAAACUACAAGGAACAUGAUCAUCCAUUCAUACUUUGUUAUACUUCAGAAGAUAACUCUGGUGAAUAUUACUGUGAUAUUUGUGAAGGCACACGAGAUCCAAAGUGUCGGUUUUAUUAUUGUGCUGAUUGUAGUUAUCCAGCUCAUCCUGAAUGUAUUCUCGAAAAAUAUCCAAAUCUCAAGUAUGAAAGAACUUUCAAAUAUAAUAUUCACCAGCAUCCUCUUGCUUUGGUUCAGAAGACUUCUCGAUGCUUGAAAUGUGGUGAUCUUGCUGAUUUCAAAGAUUUAGCUUAUGGAUGUGCCGAGUGUAAUUUCAUUGUUCACCCAUGGUGCGUAUAGUGAAAUUGAGAGAAAGACAUAUUUGACAUUUACAUGUAAUAGAAAUUAC